CAUGCCGAAUAUACGGCUUCUAUUUUCUCAUUAGCAUCACUGCCAUUCUUCAGACAACACCCGUUGUGAUCGUACAUGUAAUGCGAAUCCGUUGCUAGAUCGAUAUCGCGUUAAAAGAGUGCCGAGUGAUACAAAACUUUGUUUAUGAUAGACAAACACAUAUUUAUUUGCAAAUUUGUUUCGUCAACAUUUAUUUUUAUUUAUAGCAUCUUAAAAUAUUUUAAGCGACGAAAAUGUCAGCGCAACGAACUUUUUUAAUCGCAUUUUUCUAUAUAUAUGCACAUUUUUCGCAUGGUUUUACGCAAGACGAUGAUAUUUGUUAUUGGCAUCAUCCACAUGCCAAUGACCAUCCCGAAUGUGAUUUUGUGAAAAGUCGGCAACGUCUUGUCUGUUUUAACGGUCUUAAAGAUGAAUGGAAAGCAAAGGCUGAAAAUGUGCAGAUUCUUAUUCUUUGCGAGUGGCCAAAAGCAACGUUUGAUCCAAAUGUUCUACGAGGAUUCACGUCUUUGCGAAAAUUAAUGAUCGCAAAUAGUAAUUUAACUCAAUUGUCAACUGCAUUUCCGAUCGAGGCACAAUUUCUUGAGAAAAUCAAUAUAACCGGCACCAAGCUACAUACAUUUCCAAAAGAUGCGUUUUCUAAUCUGCGCUCCUUGAGAUGUCUUGAUUUAAGAAACAAUGCUCUCGAAGACAUCAACGUAACGGCUUUUAAUAUGCCUGCAUUAAAGCAUAUUCUUCUGACUGGUAAUCCAUUGAGAUGUACGGAGGAUACAGCAUGGAUUUUGGACCCCAACGAAGGAUCAGCCGCGAGUAAAGUCGUCGACAAAGACAAAUUACUUUGCGCUACGCCGUAUGAUGGAAGACCGCUUCUCCCGAUCGUCGAGAUAAUCGCGACAUUAAAAGAGGAAUGCAAGCAAACAAUUUGUGAUUGUGAAUUGAUUUAUGUGAUUGGUGCGGGCAUGUUUACACAGAAACAGCUUAUAGCUUUUGCUUCAGUCAAUUGUAGCCAUCGCAAUCUAACUGAAAUGCCCAAUUUUUUACCCGCAAAUACGACGACUCUUCGCCUAACUGGAAAUAAGAUUACGGACCUAACUCCACUCACGACAAAUCCCUCCUACAAGUCGGUUCGGGAUCUUUACAUGGACGAUAAUCUAGUCGAAUCUAUCGUUCGGCUAGAAGGAUCAGAUUGGCUAGACCAUUUUCGGCUCCUUAAUCUCCGAGGGAAUAAACUCAUCGAUUUGCCUACUUACGCUCUGGAAAACGCAUUGUUGCACAACAGCAAUGUAGCUGACCUAUAUCUCGGUAAUAAUUCGUGGACAUGUGACUGUCAUUUUACACCGAGUUUUCAGGAUCUUUUGAUUAGGCAUUCAAACUUAGUAAAAGAUAUCAAUGACAUAAGAUGCGCUCUCACAAGCGACAACGAUAACUCGAACAAACAGAUUCGCGAUCUUACGAGGACAGAGAUUUGCAUUUCACCGGAUGAAGACUCUUGGCUUCAUCCCCUCGAUAUUUUAAACAUUGUAUUAGCAUCAUUAAUAUUCCUUGUGCUUGGUAAGCUUUUGUACGAUUAUUGGUCUUUCAAGAAAACUGGAAAGUUACCUUGGAUCGUUGCCAAAAUACCAUGAUAAUUCUAUAAGCCUUUUAUUUUUUUGUAAAAGGAUUAAGUGUUUAAUUUUAUUAAACCACUAAUGGAGACUAUAAUGAUAAAAUCUUUGUAUUAAAAUAUUUUCUUAACCAGGUUCUUUCUAAUAUUUGUGUUGUAAAGUUGUGUGUAAGUUGUUUGAAUUUGAUCAAUCUUUUUUCAACAUGAUAAAGAAGAUCAAAUGGAUUUAAAUCAAGCAUAGAAGAAUUCAAGAGCAUUAUAUAUAUACAUAUUGAAAUUUUAUU